AUGAAAUUGAUAUAUGUUUUAGUUCAGAUCCAAAGACGUUGUUUUGUUGGUGGACUAUGUCAAUUUUAUUCGAAAAGUAUUGGAAUCAUUCUCGAUGAUAUCUUACGUGAUCAUAUUCAACCAAAUAUCUCACUAAUGAAACAAUCAUUUAUUAUCAAAAUGAGUGUCCUUAUAACAAUAUUCAUGUUUGCUGCAGGUUUAGUCAACAGUAUUUUCUCGAUUGUAACAUUUCAAAACAAAGAAACACGCAAAUUCAAUUUCAUUGAACGUAUAUUCAAUCCUAUAGAAACAUCAUUCAAUCAACCAAAACUGUCUUCAUCUGCUUGCUGGGAUCCUCAUACCGUCACACUUACAACUGAUGUGGAAGUCGAAUUUGUACCAGUCAGGAUCUUCGUUGAUAGAAAAAAUACUAUUUACGUCACUGAUAUUUACAAUGAAGCUGUCCACGUAUGGCGUCAAGACACUAACGCCACGAUGAAGACUACCAUCAAAACAAGUUUUAAACCUUUUUAUUCGUUCACUGAUAAUGAUGGAUACAUUUUUACUAGUAUUUCAGAAGGAUCAGUAAUGAAAUGGUCAUUAAAUACAGUAGAAGCUGUUAUAGUGAUUAGAACGGAAAGUGAGUGCUUCGGACUAUCCAUUGAUAUAAAGAACAAUCUUUACUGCUCUUUAUCGAUUGAACAUCGAGUUGUGCGACAGACCCUGGAUGUGGAUUCGAGUACACCAAUUACUGUGGCGGGCACUGGUAAAGCUGCAUCGACUUCUGAUGCACUGUAUAAUCCUAGAGGGAUUUUUCUAUCCAUCAAUUUGGAUUUAUACGUGGCAGAUUGUUCGAAUAAUCGAGUUCAACUCUUUGAACAUGGACAAAAGAAUGGAGUGACGGUAGCGGGAAAAGAUAAACUACUAAGCAUUACACUCUCAUGUCCAACAAGUGUCUUUCUGGAUGAGAAUAAUAACAUAUUCAUCCUUGAUUCCGGCAAUGGCCGUAUUAUGCGAUCGACUUCUCAAGGAUUUGAUUGCGUGGUCGGAUGUUCAGCCAUCACUGGUUCAGCAUCACAUCAGAUGCACGGCCCGCUAGAGGCCGUUUUCGAUACCUUCGGCAAUAUAUUCAUCGCUGACUUUGGUAAUGAUCGCAUUCAAAAAUUUCAGCUUACAAAAAAUAUUUCUGGUAAGUUAAAUAAACAAUGA